CGGAAGUAGCUAGCCAGUUGUAGUGGAGAGUAGCCAGCGGCUGUCUUUACCCCGCUGUCUCCUCUCCUGUCUCCUCUGCUGUCUCCUCUGCUUUCUCCUCUUCUGUCUCCUCCUGCUGUCUCCUCUGUCUCCUCUCCUGUCUGCUCUCCUGUCUCCUCCUCUGUCUCUUCUGCUGUCACAGGAUCCUUUCUGCACAGAGGAGCCGCUUAGCUCCUGACAGCAGCUCCAUCCUCUCCGCAGCGGGACACGGCUCGUCCCUCAGCCGGCCCGGUGUUACUCACACACGGACUGAGAUGCCAUCAGAGUCCCGCUCCGCCCUCAGAGCUGGUCGCGGGUCUGGAUUGUAGAUCUCCUCUGAGGUGGUCCUCUGUUCGGCAGCGUUAGGAGGUGUGAAAAGUCAGUGUCAUGACUGGAGCUGAGACUGAGGAUGAUAUUCCGUUAGGUGAAAGGAAGACUGUCACAGAUUUCUGCUACCUGCUGGACAAGUCCAAACAACUCUUCAAUGGGCUGAGAGACCUCCCUCAGUAUGGACACAAGCAGUGGCAGUCCUACUUUGGACGGACGUUUGACGUCUACACCAAGCUGUGGAAGUUCCAGCAGCAGCACAGGCAGGUUCUGGACAGUCGGUACGGGCUGAAGAGAUGGCAGAUCGGGGAGGUUGCAUCCAAAAUUGGACAACUUUACUACCACUACUACCUUCGUACCUCAGAAACGAGUUACCUGAACGAGGCCUUUUCCUUCUACUCUGCUAUCCGCCAGCGCUCCUACUACUUCCAGGUCAACAAGGAGGACAGACCAGAACUCGUAGUGAAGAAGCUUCGAUAUUACGCUCGCUACAUCGUGGUCUGUUUACUGCUGAACAAAAUGGAUCUCGUCAAAGUUCUGGUGAAGGAGUUAUCUGAGGAGAUUGAGGAUUACACUCAGAGGUUCAACACGGAGGACCAGCUGGAGUGGAACCUGGUUCUGCAGGAGGUGGCAGCUUUUGUGGAGGCCGAUCCGGUAGUCGUUCUGAACGACAACAACUCGGUGGUGGUCACCAGUAACCGCCUGCUGGAGGGCAGCGUGCCUCCGCUGGAACAAGGCAUGGUGGUUGGGCAGCUCAACCUUGCAGACGCACUAAUCAUCGGCAACUGUAACAACCAGGUCAAGUUCAGUGAGCUAACCAUCGAUAUGUUCCGCAUGCUUCAAGCUUUGGAGAGAGAGCCGGUGAACCUGGCCACGCAGACCUCCAAACAAGGAACGCUGGAGCCCAACGAGAAACCAGCCAAAAGAGAAAACCCUCACAAGUAUCUGCUCUACAAACCGACCUUCAGUCAGCUCUUUACUUUCCUGUCGGCCUCUUUUAAGGAGUUACCGGCCAACAGCGUCCUGCUCAUUUACCUGUCGGCGACUGGAGUCUUCCCCACAGGUCACUCGGACUAUGAAGGGAAAACUGUGCGUCCUGCAGGGCCGUAUGAUUUCGGAGGCGUUCUCACGAACACGAACAGAGACGUGGUGAACGGGGAGACGGUGCAGAAGAGGAACCAGGCCGCCCAGAAAGAGAUGCACUGCCUUCAUCCCGGAGAUUUGUUCCCUUUCACCCGGAAACCACUUUUUGUCAUUGUGGAUUCAACAAACAGCACAGCGUACAAGAAUUUCACUAACCUGUUCGGUCAGCCGCUGGUGUGUCUACUCUCUCCGACGGUUUAUCCCAAGAGUGUGCAAGAUCAGUCUCAGCGGGGGAGUCUGUUCACUCUGUUCCUCUACAGUCCUCUCCUGGCCUUCUCCUCGGUGUGUGGUCUGAGCAACGUGCGGCGAGGACUGUGGGAGCAGGCACAGGAGUUCCUCAGCAAAGUUUACCGAGACAUUGGGCAGCUGAUAACUCGAUCACGAAACAUAGAUCAAGCCUUUUUACAAUUCUUCGGUGACGAGUUCCUGCGGCUGCUCCUGAUCCGCUUCGUGUUCUGCUCAGCUACACUCAGGCUGCACAAACUCUUCCGGGAGUCUCGAAGCUUCCCCGAGUCGUACCCCGAGCUCCCCAAACAGGACACGGUGGAGAGCAGCCUUCUACAGAAGCACAUCCUGGAGCUGGCCACCAUGCUGGACGUGCAGAGUCUAUUUUGGGAUGAUUCACUGGAAGCCUACUAACACCUUCACACAGGGCCACAUGGCAUCAGUGUACAUACAGACUCAACUGCCAGAGCCCUCACAGUCUUUCUGUUUUUUACAGGUAAAAAAAAAAUCUGCACAUACACAACAUGAUCUGCAUUUAACUGUCGACUUGUGGUGCAACAUGAAAACGUUCCCAUAACAAGGCAGAGGAUCUAAAAUAAUGUAUAAACUCCCCAUUCUUAAAGCUCAGUGUCUCUCUCCAUGAAUAUUAGAAUCAUGUAAAAGAAAACAAGCGAGCGCUGCAGAGAACUCAACAACUUGACGCUCCCCAUCAAAAUAAAAGUUUCAACUGCAGCCUCAGACAUGUCACAUAGCUGUAAAGAAGCUGGAAGUCGUUUUUGUGUUUUUUAAAAUAAUAUUUAUUAUUGUUUAAAGAAUGAAGAUCGUGCUUGAGUGUGUUCGGACCAAAAGCAAAGGGGACUGCCAGAUCAAACGCAAAGUUUAUGCAGCUGCACAAGUGGACUUUAAUUUCUGCAAGGUGUUCCAAUCACACAGAUUUCCCAUCAUUUGAAUAUUUGUGGAAGUUUAAUUUCUGACGCAAGGUAAAGGAUGUCGCAUCAGAAAUAUUCCAACCAGACCUCAUAAGAAAAACAAAGCCAUUUUGGGCGUCUUUGCUUGUCACCUUGCAAACGGACCUCUAAGAGUCAGACAUUUUAUAAAUCUGCAGCUAAAUGAAGUUAUUUCUGCAUCCUUCUAAACAUGUUUAAUGCCAUCAAAUCUCAGUAAAACUCAUUUAUUUGGGGUUUUUGUAGCAUUAGAGUAAGAAACAUUUUGGGCAAUUUUAUCGGAACUGUCCAAAUACAGUGAAAAUGAGACUCAGUGGACACAGAUGGAGUUGGUGUCCAUCAGAGGAAUCCUGGUGCUGAUCUGAGCUAACAGAUCACCAAACUGGACUCUGGUCAGCCUCAGGUAGCUGGAAGUUUAUCCACACACAGCUCAUGGAGGAGGAGGGAGGUUUUACAGAGAUGUGUGCGCUUCACGGUUCGCACGUUUGGUUUCUCAACACGCCUAAGUUUGACUCGGAAAAACUCGGAAAAAUAAAGGAUGCGUCAAAAACCUUUUUGCUUUUGGUCUGAACAGAGUCAGAGAAGCACAGAGAGGAGCUAAAGGAAGGUUUGUGCUGAGAGAACCCCUCACUGCAUCCGUAAAUAUUUAAAUAUUCACUUCAGCACUCACCCUUUGAAUCUAAAGAGUUCACCAAAAACAUUCUCACUGUUAUGGUUAUUUUGUAUUUGCCAAACCGUUCUCGCUGUAAAGCAGCUUAUCUUGUAGCAGGCUGAGGUGCAUGGGAUCAUGUUCUGUUGUAGGCCUUCAUUAUUGUAAAGAUAUCACUCCUUCAUUAACCAGCAGCCCAUCUUUUACGUCGGCCUUUAAUCGUGCGUAUUUAAAGUGUUUCCUUUUCCACAUCACUGUGCUGUACCUGCAUGCAAAAAAAGCAAAGAGAUGCAUCAUGUUCUGUUUUCAGCCACAGCAGCCUCCACCUUUACAGGUACACAAAGACGUGUAGGUUCUAAAAAGGCAUGAGGGGUUUGGGAGGAGGUGGAGUCAGUGCAUGUGCUGCAUGGACAAACAGGGACAAUCCAGACUGAGAGAGGACUGACAGGAACGCCAACAUGCACCAGUGCUUUAACCGUUUCAAUGAUUUGCCAAACACCUCAGUUACCUUAAUGAUGACAGGAUUAUCAUGUAACCUGCAGGUUUUACUGGUAGAAGGAUUAUCAUUGGUGUGCUUUAUAAACUACAGCUCAUCUCAGACUCAUCUGGCUCUGAUCAGCUGCUUCAGGCUUCAUAUACGGCUGGGGUUUGUUUGUCACCGGAACCAUUAAAAAUCUGACUGUAGAGAAACGAGAGGAAGACUGGGUGACGAUGAAGAGGGUUGAACAAGCAGCAACCACAAUGGCUGAAUUAACUGUUAAAACGAGAGAGUAGGACCCUUUGGUGCCAUAUUUAUACUUUGUCUUUGGAAAGAGCAGCCUCCCUCCACUAGUUGGAUUUGUCUGGUUAAUAACGCUCUAAAGCUCUACUACCUGGAUGUAAACGAGCACAGGUGACAGAUGUCAUCUGGUAACGCGGUGUGGUUUGUCAGUUUGUUGAUCUAUUAAAUGGAGAUAAAGUUGAGAGCAACACCAGCACAGGCAUGAGGAUGUUAACCAGCUGUGCUAGUGGUAGCCACACUCAAUUUUUGUUUACCUUCAGACUCUGUGAACCCGUCUUAUUAAAAUAGUUUCUGCUUAAUUUUGUCUGAUUUCUUAUCUUUGGACGAGUCAGUUAGUCAGAAUUUGGAUUUUCGUUAAAACAACAAGGAAAUUAGUCAUCUUGGAUCAUCCCUAUAAUGAACAUUUUUGCCACAGUGUUAACAGGCAGAGGUGAAUUGUGCUGGAGCCCUUUUCGUGGAUUGAUUCAACCUUGACGUGGGAUCUGUUUUUUCUUGCAAACUUAACUGAUAGAGGAAUAAAUAGCUACUGUUACGAGAUUUGGACCAAUAAAGGUUCAAUCCUCAGAGGUUAGCUAAUAAUUGCUGUAGUGCUCAGUCAUGGUGGUUGCUGCUUUCAGACAAAACCUCUGGAGGUGAUAAAGAAGUGAUGGUUGGUAUAAAGAGAUUGUUCUGUUGGGAUCACUGAAUUAAAGUGGAUCACAGGAAGUAUCCUGUUCAAGGCCUUAAACAACUUGUUGGCUCAGGACCUUAACCAUCACUACGAACACUAUCUCUAAAACCUCUGCCACAUAUCCGUUCAGCGGUGAAUCAGACCGAUAUCAGGCGACAAAGCUGGACCUUUAAAAAGCAUGAACACUAACCCUUCUUGCGCUCCUGGAGACAUGCUCUCGUUCAUCACCUCAUGUAAAUAUUUCCGUUUGAGCUUUCUUUGUUUCUGGCACCAGCAUGUGGGCUGAUAGCACAGACCAUCGUAGAGAAACCAGCUGACAGAUUACUGCCCUCCACCCUGAAUCAUUCUUCACUGCAAAGGUAGCAGAGCCGGCUGGACGGGGAAAGAGUUCUGAGAAAUGAUGAAACACUAUUUUUAGUGUUUGUUAUAUUUAUUGACUUUGUUUGACUUUGUGUACAGAUGAUGUAAAGCGAUGUUUUGGCACAGGUGUGUUUGUUCAGUAGUUAGUGCGUCUAUGAAAUGUGUAAUGAAACAUGAAUCAGAGCAAAAUGUUCACGAGGCCGUUUUGUUCUGUUGACAUUUUUCUAAAGACGUUACAUUCCAACUUUUCUGAGGACUUGAAGAGAGGCAGAGGAAAACUGUUUUCUCCGUUUUUAGUGGGAAAGAGAGCCGUUUCUACAUUCUCCUCUAUUUUCAUUGUAAUGAUCCACAUUCCCUCUUAUGGACAGAUUCAGAUAUUGUAGGCUUGCACUUUAUGAAGUUUGAUAUUGUUAUGAUGCUGUUUGUCGUGCUUUAGGGAAAAAAAAACAGACCAUUUCUUCCUGGUCCUUCUGUGAUUGUUCAGACCAGCCCUUCACUCUGGUGACUUCUUUUUUAAAGUCGUGAUUUCAGACAUUUUUCAUCUGCUGUCACUUUUUAACAGCUUCUGCCUGAAAUGUGUGAAACAUGUACGCUGAUUUCUGUAAGUGUUGACCAUUGACUGAAUGUAAAGAUGGACGACACGUCUCCACCUGCUCCUGUUGUUCAAAGGUGAAGCCAAAAUGUCCAACAACAACUGGCGCUGACAUAUUUCACUUUUGGAGUCAGAGUCUGUGCAGUAGAAAUCAGCUGGUAGAGCUACAUAUUAAAGUCACAGAUUCUUGAGUUGGUUUGAAGCAGACACUCAUUGUUAUGGAAAGUUCAAUGACUCUUGUGUUAGUGUUUGUUACAUUUCCUCUCACCGUUCUGUCUUUAAGAUCAAAGACAACAUUCUAGAAUUCUGCCUUUAAGAUCAAAGACAUCAUUCUAGAAUUCUGCCUUUGUUGUCAGAAUUCUGAGAGAAAAGUCAACAUUCUAAAGAAGAGUCAGAUCUAAACUGAUCCUGCUUCAUACUUCUUUUAUAUCAUCAAAUACUGCAGCCGGUCAGCAGGGAGAGCUCUAAAUGUUUUGGCUUCACUUUUAGUGAGCCAUCGUUUCUUCCAUCUUUUUCUACAGUCUAUCGCGUUGACUCAGCAGCAAUAACAAAAUGUAAAUGUGUGACAGACCUUAAAACGAUCAUGUUUUAUAGUCGGCGGUGUUCGAACACACUGCUGUGUGAAUCCAGUCAUGAUUUUUUACUUUGCAAAGAAUUAUCAGCAAAAACAACAAAAACUCUGAAACAUGUUUGGACAUGAAUCAGGACAGAAGACGAAGAAACAAAGAAAUGUAUCAUUUAAAUGGUCAAAUAUUGCAUGUUGACGAGUUUGUACGUUUAAUCUCAAAAUUCAUAUUUAUGUGUUUAUAACAUGUUAUUGUACGGUGUGUCUCCUGAACUUAAGCCCAUGAAAAUAUGGAUGAAUACUGGCACUGCGUUAUUUAAAGGAAAAUAACCAAGACAGUGACGCUGCACUGUCCUCUGAUCAUCAUAAUAAGUAUAAAAUAAAUAAGAUAACUUUGAGCUUCUGUUACGUCCGUCUGUAGUGAUGUUUUCUGUGCUUCAUAUUUUUAAAAAAAGGCCAUGAACAGAACCAGUUAAGUUAUUGAGUAGCAUGAGUGAUCAUAUGAACACAGGUAACGGAUUUGAAUCUGCUUGAACCCUCACGGACGAACUUUAUGAAACAGAACGUCGGUUUGAGUGUGUGAAUUAUUUUAUUUUAACUUUUAUUUUAAACUUUUUGGAGCAGCUACAGAGCAGCCUUGUGCAAUAGUGUGAAUUGAUUCUGUGUGAUGAAAACAAUAUUUCAUGCUUCAAAAUAACUUCUGCAAAACAAGAUCGCUGGAUAAAUCAUUAUCUGUAUUCGUUUGUGAUCAAGAUACGAGCAAAGAGGGAACUCUUGCACAGGAUAUGUCUUGAGCCUUUGCAAACAUGAUAACUGUGCACACUUUUUUACUCAAAAUAAUAAGAUAUUUUUGCAUGCAAAACAGAUAAUCUGUAUAAACAAGAUCUCUUCAAACAAGUUACAACAUUUAGGCAACAAGAUAUCAAUCUGUGGGAACCACAUAGCUCAUACGAACAACAUACUGAUUUUGUUGUGAUCAGAUAUAAACAAAAUUUUAGUUUUGCAAGCAAUAUUUUUUCAAGGAACAAGACAUAAUUUUGUGAUAGCCAGAUGCAAGCCAGAUGCAAACAAGAUUAAAAAAGUCAAUUUUGCAAGAGAUACUCCCAAGAUAAUAUUUAAACUAUAUACCGCUUGUACACGCAGGUUAACUUGUUUUUAAUUUGUGAGAACUCGAUAGUAACUUGAGUUAACAAGAUACUUGCCUUAGAGAACAAGAUAUAAACUGCUUUAUUGUGGAAACGAGUUAGUAAUCUGUCUAAGCCCAAUAGUCUCAAAAUAUUGUCCUUUUCAGAUUCAUUUUUAAAAUGUUAUAAUUCCAAAAUAUCUUGUGCAAACAAAAUAGUAACUCGUGCAAAAAAGACAUUUAUGGAAGGAAAAAAGAUACUAACUUCUGCAACGAGUAACCAUCUUGCAACAAAAUAAACACUUUGGGGAAUCAGAUAUAAACAAGAUAACUGAUUAACAUCCUGAUUAAAGUGAUUUGAGCAGAGAAACAUUUUGCAAACAAAAUGAAUCUUGCACCCGCAAAAUAUCACCCUUAGGGAUAACAAGAUAUUACAUGUGCAUGCAAGAUAUAAUUUGUUUAUGCAAGUUGAUACUCAUACAUACAAGAUAAACAUUUAUUGGAAGCAAAUAAAGAAAGAAAUAAUAAAUUUUGCAAAUAUAAAGUCAAUAUUUUUAAACAAAAUGUUGCCUGCAUAAAGGGAUAGAUAAAAAUUCUCACCAAGACAUAAACUUGUUCCAAACAAGAUAUUCAGAUUGAAAUAAGAUAUUUAAAGAAGUCCACUCACCCACGCAUGACUCUUAUUAUUUAAAACAAGAUUUAACUUGUGCAAAUAAGAUAUUAAGUUAGUCAGAGCAAGAUCUAGUUGUAUUUUGCAAACUGGAUGAUUCCACUAGCAGGAUUAUAACCUGUGGGCACGGCUUCAUUCGUGUUUACAAUCCCUCUGAUGCCUCUUUAAGUUUUUGUUUUCUCCUCUGCUGUCAUCGCCUUAACAAUGAUCGAACAGUUUACACACCGCUGACUUCUUAAAGAUCUCUGCUGUGGCCAAAUACCUUUAGAUCUGAUUUAAGACAUUUAUUAUUUAGAGAGUUUGUGAUUUAGAAAGUAUAAAUACUUGAGCAUUCCUGUAUAGGUGUGUGUCGUCUCCUAUGCAUUUCAGUUUAUUAUUCAAGUAAGAAAAAUCUGAGUACGUCCGAGUUUUUCCAGGAUCCACAUGAAGUAGAGAAUGUCUCAUCAACAUGUUGACUCUAGAUUUGUUUUGCAGUCACACAGAAUCAAUUUUUUAUUUCCUUCAGCUGCCACUAUGCACUUUUUAUGAACAUUCAGACUAAAACCUGCAGGAUGUAGAGACACGAAAGGAAACAGAGACUGAGGAUUUGAAGGGGGUCAUGAGGCUGUGAUCUGGUGAGACUAAAUCAUUGCUUUCCUGCAUUAACAGUGUUAAACCCUCCAGAGCACAAGAAAUAAAGCAGUUUUUAACAUGAAACCACAACAAGCACAACAGCCACUGCAUCAUGAAACGGACCCUCAUUCAUGGAGCAGCAUGUCGACGACUCCCUGAUUACUGCCGUCUGAUCAAUCCUGUUUUCUCCCGCUGACAAGCAGGAGUCAUUUUUACCUUUUUAUACUCGUAAUAUGUCCAAAACAUGGGUGCAGCCUUUCUUUAUAGCAACAUGUGUGACUUGCUUGUUGUGAUUUUCAGUCAGUGUCAAACUGUCAAAUGUAUUUUCUGAGUUUGAGUUUUAAAAAGAUGCACAGACGCUAAUCUCUGUAAGCAGCAUGUUUGUUUAGAGUAGAAAGUGCCAAAGACUGACGUACUCUCACUUUCUCAUCCCGACGGUGACGGAGAACAAUUAUUGUAUCAGAUGUUUCUUUUUUCUGUGUUAACAGACCGAGCCAAUAAAGAAAAAGAUGAUUUGGCUUCAUGAAA